AUGUUCAAUCGCGAAGAGAAUCGUCUGGUCUUUGCUUACGACUCUGAACAGUUAUGGAUAGAGCCUUGGGGAAAGAAUGCAGUGCGCAUUCGCGCCACAAAAAUGGCCGUCAUGCCGAGCGAAGACUGGGCUCUUUUACCACAGCCUGGAUCAAAUGCAAACAUAACUAUCAAUGAUGGCCACGCCAUCCUCAUCAAUGGCACACUCAAGGCCAUCAUGACAAAAUUGGGAAAAUUGACAAUCACGGACAAUACUAGCGGAAAAGUACUCCUAGAAGAGUACGCUCGUCAUAGACGAGACAUUGUCGAUCCAAAGUGUAGCGCACUUGAAGUGGAAGCUCGCGAGUUCAAGCCUAUCAUCGGUGGAGACUAUCACCUUACCGCCAGGUUCGAGAGUCUCGACCCAAAGGAGAAAAUCUAUGGUAUGGGGCAAUAUCAACAGCCGUUUCUUGACAUCAAAGGCACCCAGCUUGAGCUUGCCCACCGCAACUCGCAAGCUAGUGUACCAUUUGCCGUUUCCUCGCGCGGUUAUGGUCUGCUAUGGAACAAUCCCUCUAUUGGCACUGCCAUAUUUGGAAAGAAUGUCAUGAGCUUUGAGGCUUUAUCCACAAAAGCGCUCGAUUACUGGGUCGUAGCAGGUAGUUCCCCAGCGCAAAUAGUCGAGUCAUAUGCACAGGCUACCGGUACAGUGCCGAUGAUGCCAGAAUAUGGUCUGGGAUUCUGGCAAUGCAAGCUUCGUUAUCAGACCCAGGACGAGCUUCUCCAAGUUGCACGAGAAUACAGGCGUCGAAAGUUGCCAAUAGAUCUUAUAGUCAUUGAUUUUUUUCAUUGGACCCAGCAAGGCGACUGGAAGUUUGACUUGAAAUACUGGCCAGACCCUGACGCCAUGGUGAAGGAACUGAAAGAGUUGAAUAUCGAACUUAUGGUUUCCAUUUGGCCAACCGUAGAUCGAAGGUCAGAAAACUACGAUGAGAUGGUCGAGAAAGGUCUGCUGAUCCGAACGGAGCGUGGUGUGCGGACGGCCAUGACCUUUCAAGGACAAACCAUACACUUCGAUCCCACGAAUCCAGCUUCUCGUGAGUAUGUGUGGAAUAAGUCCAAGCAAAACUACUACGCAAAGGGUAUCAAAGUAUUUUGGCUUGAUGAGGCUGAGCCAGAGUAUCGGCACUAUGAUUUUGAUCAUUAUCGCUACCACCUGGGCCCGAACAUUGCUAUUGGCAACAUCUUCCCUAGAGAGUAUUCCCGUGCAUUCUACGAGGGUAUGGCCAAAGAAGGACAAGAGAACAUUGUCAAUCUUGUCAGAUGCGCAUGGGCGGGUAGCCAGCGCUAUGGGGCACUAGUCUGGAGUGGUGACAUUGCUUCAUCAUGGUCCAGCUUCCGAAACCAACUGGCUGCUGGCCUGAACAUGGGGCUUUCUGGUCUACCCUGGUGGACAACUGACAUCGGCGGUUUCCAUGGAGGUGAUCCCAACGACGAGAAAUUCCGGGAACUUUUUGUCCGUUGGUUUCAAUGGGGAACUUUCUGCCCUGUGAUGAGACUACACGGCGAUCGAGAGCCACGACAGCCCAAGACGGCGGACAGCCCAGGGUGUCGCAGCGGCGCGGACAAUGAAGUUUGGUCCUAUGGCCCAGCGGUGUAUGAUGUGUGCAAGGAAUACAUGGAGGUGCGCGAGAAAUUGCGUGAGUACACGAGAAAGCUCAUGGAGGAAGCUCAUACCAAGGGUUCACCCGUGAUGAGGGCUCUCUUCUAUGAGUUUCCCGAGGACGCUCGCAGUUGGGAGGUUGAAGAGCAGUAUAUGUAUGGCGACAAGUACCUCGUCUGCCCUAUCCUCGAGUCUGGCCAGCGACAAACUAGCGUGUACUUUCCACCGCUACCAAGUGGACAGAAAUGGAAAUCAUUCUGGGGAGAAGAGAAGUGGGAAGGUGGUGCAACGGUCCAAGUAGAUAGUCCACUAGAGCGCAUGCCUGUGUUCGAGCGUACCUGA